ACAUUACCAGUCAAAAGUUUAGACACACCUACUACUCAAGGGUUAUUCUUUAUUUUUACUAUUUUAUACAUUGUAGAAUAAUAGUGAAGACAUCAAAACUAUGCAAUAACACAUUUGGAAUCAUGUAGUAACCAAAAAAGUGUUAGACAAAUAAAAAUGUAUUUUAUAUUUGAUAUUCUUCAAAGUAGCCACCCUUUGUCUUAAUGGCAGCUUUCUUCACGUUUGGCAUUAUCUCAACCAGCUUCAGUUAUUUUUAUUCGACGGCCCGCCAUUAAAGCUAGUUAAAAGAGUAAAAUUAUGCUUUUUCAGCAUGAAUGGAGGAUGCUUUAUGUAGGACCCGGUCCACGGACGACACAGAGUUUGUACUGUCUUUGGUAUUACUACUAGGCACAUCAACCCUAGACGAUAGUGCAGAUCUGGCGCCCGCUAUCGUCUGCCUAGGCUACUUUACAACUAGGCUAUUCCAUACACUUCCACACAGAGCAGUUUAGCACACCAUCAUACACAUGUGUCAUAUUAGCUAUUGUACGCCUGUUUCAUCGAAUAAAAAUGCGUUAUUCACUGGAACGUUCAAAGAUAUUGUAAUACAUAAAUACAUAACCAUAGCAUUCUGAAAAAGAGGGCGGAACUUUCAUACCGAUCAUGUAUCAGUGUCGGAACACAAUGUGUGACGGACCCAGGCUUGAUGUUGUAUACACGUGAGAUCCUGGAAAAGUUUCAAGAGCGAGCUGAAUGGCAUUUUGUCUUUAACGUUUAUGCGCCAGACAUUACCAUCAUUUCUACGUAUUGACACGAGCUACGUGCCGUAAGAUGGGGCGACUGAGGAAGAGGCAUAACUGGAAGGGACGGGAGCAGAACGAGACACAUCCACCUCCAGAGGCCAAGGAGGAGGGGAAGACUGUUGUAGUGGAACUCAAAGACGGGGCCAACCUAAAGGGGGUGGACGAGAGCAAUGCCCUGGUCCUCCCAGCCACCAAAGCCAAGAAGAAGAGGGGCAUUGAGAAGGCCCUUACUAAGAAACAGCCCCUUACCAAGAAACAGAGGAAACAUCUACAAAAAGUCCUGGAGGUCAAAGAGAAGAAAGCCAAGAGAGUAGACAUCCUGGCCAAACUGGCUGAAGUGCAGCUGCCUGACUCUGAGCUGAAGCUGCUCUACACCACCUCCAAAUUGGGCACAGGAGACAAGCAGUACCAGACCAAACAGACUCCUGAUGAGGUAGAUGACGGAGCCUCAGGACCCAGGAUCAGCAGCCUGAGUGGAGCCAACAGGAAGAGGAAACGAAGAGCACGGGAGGAAGUGAAGGCAGAAGAGGAGAGUAGUGAUUUGGACUCAUCUGAUGAAGAGAUGGAUGAUGGAGGGAUGGGAAAUAGAAGGGUGGAGGACACUAAUGUCUCAGAAUCUAAAGAGCCAGCCUCCUCCUGUCAGGAGAAAGAGGUGAAAAAGGAAAAGAAAGAAGAGAAAAAGGAGACGAGCGAGGACUCGGGCCCUGCCCGGGCCUCCAGUAAAAAGCCAUCCGAGCCAGCAAUCUUCAUCUCCGUGGACAGACUGCCAGAGAUACAGGAGGCCCGUCUGAGGCUGCCAGUGCUGGCUGAGGAGCAAGUGAUCAUGGAGGCGGUCAGAGAGAACCAUUUUGUCGUUCUGUGUGGAGAGACAGGAAGUGGUAAAACCACCCAGGUACCCCAGUUCUUGUACGAGGCUGGAUAUGCCAGUGGCACUGGAAUCAUUGGUGUGACAGAGCCUAGGAGAGUGGCAGCUGUCAGUAUGUCCCACAGAGUGGCCAAAGAGAUGAACCUGUCUACAGGGGUAGUGUCGUACCAGAUCCGUUAUGAGGGGAAUGUGACCAGUGACACCAAGAUUAAGUUCAUGACAGACGGAGUCCUGCUGAAGGAGAUUCAGAAGGACUUCCUGCUCCAGAGGUACAGUGUGAUCAUCAUAGAUGAGGCCCAUGAGAGGAGUGUGUACACAGACAUCCUGAUUGGCCUACUGUCACGCAUCGUACCACUCAGAAACAAGAAAGGCCUCCUCAUGAAGCUGAUAGUGAUGUCAGCUACUCUGCGUGUGGAGGACUUCACAGAAAACAGGAAGCUGUUUCCUACUCCUCCUCCCGUCAUCAAGGUGGAGGCCCGUCAGUUCCCUGUAAGCGUCCACUUUAACAAACGGACUCCUCUGGAGGACUACACUGGAGAGGUGUUCCGCAAGACCUGUAAGAUCCACCGCAUGCUGCCCCCUGGGGGUAUCCUGGUGUUCCUGACGGGUCAGGCUGAGGUCCACUCUGUCUGCAGGAGACUGAGGAGGGCUUUCCCUUUCAGGAGGGGCAACACAGCUACUGGUGAGGGAGAGGAGGCAGCAACAGACUCCUCAGAUGAGAUAAAGAAGUUUAAGAAAGCCAAACAUAAGAGAACUGUGUCCCUGCCCCGUAUUGACCUGGAUAACUACUCAGCGUUGCCGGUGGAUGAGGGGGACGAGGACCGUCUGGCGGGGAUAGAUGAUGAGGGGUCAGACCUGGAACUAGGAGACGACGCUGCAGACACGGAGGAGAAGGCGGACCCGUCCCUCCCUCUUUAUGUCCUCCCCCUCUACUCUCUCCUGGCUCCAGAGCAGCAGGCCAAGGUGUUCCGGCCCCCUCCUCAUGGUGCACGUCUGUGUGUCGUGGCUACCAACGUAGCAGAAACCUCUCUAACCAUCCCGGGGAUAAAGUAUGUGGUCGACUGCGGUCAGGUCAAGAAGCGCUUCUACGACCGCGUCACGGGGGUCUCCUCCUUCAAGGUCUCCUGGACCUCACAGGCCUCAGCCAAUCAGAGGGCAGGCCGGGCAGGCCGUACCGAACCUGGACACUGCUAUAGGCUGUACUCAUCAGCGGUGUUUGGAGACUUCAGUCUGUUCUCGGAGGCAGAGAUCACCCGCAGGCCAGUUGAGGACCUGGUAUUACAGAUGAAGGACCUUAACAUAGACAAGGUGGUCAACUUCCCAUUCCCCACAACUCCCUCGGCUGAGGCGCUGGUGGCAGCAGAACAGUUACUGGUUUCACUGGGAGCACUAGAGGAGCCGCCGCGCACCGGACGGGUUAAGGAGAUGGAGCGAGCGCGUCUGAGCUGUCCCAUCAGCCCCUUGGGCAGGGCAAUGGCGUCGUUCCCCGUGUCACCACGCUACGCUAAGAUGCUGGCGCUAGGGAAGCAGCAGGACUGUCUGCCUUACGUCAUCGCUGUGGUGGCCGCCAUGACGGUCCGGGAGAUCUUUGAGGAUCUGGACAGACCUGCUGGUAGUGAGGAUGAGAGCUCCAAGCUGGCCCAGCGUCGAGCCCGGCUGGCCCAGAUGAGGAGGCUGUGGGCUGGGCAGGGAGCCUCUCUACUGCUGGGGGACCUCAUGGUCCUGCUGGGUGCUGUGGGUGCGUGUGAGUUUGCUGGCUGCACUUUUAAAUUCUGUGAGGAGAAUGGACUGAGGUAUAAAGCCAUGCUGGAGAUCAGACGACUUAGAGGACAGCUCACCAACGCAGUGAACUCAGUGUGUCCAGAGGUGGGUGUGUUUGUGGACUGUAAGAUGGCUCCACCUACUGAGAGCCAGGUGGUGUGUUUACGUCAGAUAGUGCUGGCGGGACUGGGAGACCACCUCGCCAGACGGGUACAGCAAGAGGAACUACUAGACCCAAAAUGGAGGAAUGCAUACAAGACCCCACUCCUGGAUGAGCCAGUCUACAUCCACCCCUCCUCAGCCCUGUUUAAAACUCUACCUCAGUUUGUGGUCUAUCAGGAGGUCUUGGAGACCACCAAGAUGUACAUGAGAGGUGUGUCAGCGGUAGAACCAGAGUGGGUUCCCCAGCUCCUCACCCAGUACUGCCAUUUUGGAUCUCCUCUGGAGACCCCGUUGCCAUGGCUCUGUGCCUCUACAGGCAGGGUCAAAUGUCACUGUACCAGCACCUUUUUCCGAUGUGGCUGGCAGCUUCCUGCUAUAGAGAUGGAUUACCCAGAUGGCCUGGAGCGAUACAAACUGUUUGCCAGAUUCCUUCUGGAAGGACAGGUCUGCCCUAAAUUGAAGCAGCACAGCAGUUAUCUUCUCUCAAACCCUUCCAUCAUGAUGAAGACCUGGGCAAAACUCCAGCCCAGGACUGAGGCUCUGCUGGGAGCUUUGGUGUCAGAGAGAGUGGACUGCAGAGACGUACUGCUCUCAUCUUGGAAGAACAACGACAAAUUCCUCUUGACUGCGUACUGCCAGUGGAUCCCUGAAGCUAAGCACCAAGUCGUGGCCAAGAGCUGGCCUCCCAUCUGACACAGAGGACACUGAUACCAGCUUUGCAGCUUGCCAAACCAGCCAUACCAACACAGUGCCAUCAACACAACCCCAUUACCCAUACCAGGGAGCCAGUUAUCCAUACCUCAGCCAGCCACACAGGACCUUUUGGCUGUUCUGUUCAGGGGAAGGGCUAAUAUUUCACUUGGACCAUGUGUCCUUCUCUGGUUGUGCUUUGAUACAUUUUUAAUACUGCUUAUUUGUGCUAGUCUGAAACUGAUGAUUAGAAGGAGAUUUGAUCAAUGUUGGACAGAAUGAAAAUCCCAAAAUCUUUUUGAAGAUUAAGCCUUAGACUCUUACCACGCAGUUGACACCCUAAAUAAAUACAAGGCUUUAAAAAAAAAAUGUCUUUAUUGAAGUGAAUUUAUUAGUGUUUCCUGAAGAUUUCUUGCAUAGUCUUACUAUCAUAUUUAUUUCCCUCGCUCUAGUGCUUAAAGGAGUUAAGCUAUGAGUAUGAAACUUCUAGGUGCAGACCUCCUGAACUUAGAUUGCUUGAGAAAAUAUUUUGUAUAGCAUUUAUACUUUAACAAUAUGUAAAAUGUUCUCCAAUGUAUUUCAAUGGCAAAAAAGGGCCAUAAACAAAGUAUCUCUUUCACCGUUUUCAGACUAUCAACUCCAAACCAACGUUGAGAUGUUCAGACUGACCCUACUUAGAUUGCUUGUCAAAGGGUUUUUGAUACUAUUUAGGACUCUGUUCAGUCUAUUGCUGAAGCGUUACAGAUUGCGCGAUUGAAAUUAAAAGGUCAUUUCCGUCUCCCCUAACGGGGUAACAUUGCUUAUAAAUUUCAAUCAUGCUGUAACUUCUGCAAUAUGGAUUGAAUGUACUUUUAAACUAUAACCAUUUUAAAUGAAUUGCCUGUUUGAAUGAGAACCAUUAAAAAUAGUGGUAGCUAUUCAAAAUGGUCAUGCUCUUUGGCCAAUUAGGCAACAAAACCAAGUUUAAAACAUUCAGGCUAUCCUAACUUCAAAUGUUCUAACAUGGAUACAGUGCUUCCAGAAAGUACUUAGACCCCUUUACUCUUCCAUAUUUUGUUACGUUACAGCCUUAUUCUAAAAUGGAUUCAAUAGUUUUAUUUCUCAAUCUACACGCAAUAUACCCCAUAAUGACAAAGCAAAAACAGGUUUUUAGAAAUGGAAAUAUCACAUUUACAUAAGUAUUCAGACCCUAUACUCAGUACUUUGUUGAAGCACCUUUGGCUGCAAUUACAGCCUUGAGUCUUGGGUAUGAUGCUACAAGCUUGGCACACCUGUAUUUGGGGGGGUUUCUCUCAUUCUUCUCUGCAGAUCCUCAAGCUCUGGCGGGUUCGAUGGGGAGUGUUGCUGAACAGCUAUUUUCAGGUCUGUCCAGAGAUGUUGGAUUGAGUUCAAGUCCGGGCUCUGGCUGAGCCAUACAAGGACAUUCAGAGACUUAUCCCAAAGCCACUCCUGUGUUGUCUUUGCUGUGUGCUUAGGGUCAUUGUCCUGUUGGAAGGUGAACCUUUGCCUCAGUCUGAGGUCCUGAGUGCUCUGGAGCAGGUUUUCAUCACAGAUCUCUGUACUUUCAUCUUUCCCUCGAUCCUGACUAGUCUCCCAGUCCCUGCCGCUGAAAAAUAUCCCCACAGCAUGAUGCUGCCACCAUGCUUCACUGUGGGGAUGGUGCCAGGUUUCCACCAGGUGUGAUGCUUGACAUUCAGGGCAAAUAGUUCAAUCUUGGUUUCAUCAGACCAGAGAAUGUUGUCUCAUGGUCUGAGUCCUUUAGGUGCCUUUUGGCAAACUCCAAGUGGGCAGUCAUGUGACUUUUACUGAGGAGUGGCUUCUACUGAGGAGUGGCUUCUGUCUGGCUACUCUACCAUAAAGGCCUGAUUGGUAGAGUGCUGCAGAGAUGGCUGUCAUUCUGGAAGGUUCUCCCAUCUCUGCAGAGGAACUCUGG